AGAGAGAGAGAGAGAGGAUGUGGAGGAGCUUGUUUCGCCACGUCUACGAGAAAGCAGGUGGGUUAUUAGAGCUGGGCAAGAAGGAGGCGUCGCAGAAGUUCCCAGUUCUUGAAGACCGCCCAGCGGGGCGACGACAUGCAGAGCAAGCGAUGGAGACGUUCGAGACGAUCGAGAAGAAGAAGGGAGCGACGGUGAAGGAGUUUCGGAUCUAUCGGUGGAGCCCCGACUUGACCGCCUGUGGUCCUAUGGUGUUGGAUGCACUUCAGAAGAUAAAAGCGGAGGACGACUCGACGCUGACCUACAGGAGGUCGUGUAGGGAAGGGAUAUGCGGGUCGUGCGCCAUGAACAUCGACGGGACCAACACCGUGGCUUGUCUCAAGCCCAUCGACGCGGACACUUCGAAGCCCACUACGAUCACUCCACUCCCGCACAUGUAUGUCAUCAAGGACCUCGCCGUCGAUCUCACCAACUUCUAUCGGCAGUACAAGUCAAUCGAGCCGUGGCUUAAGACGAGACGUCUGUCGGAAGAUGGUCGGGAAUACCGGCAAACUCCGGCGGAAAGAAAGAGAUUGGACAGGCUUUACGAAUGCAUAUUAUGCGCGUGCUGCAGUAGUUCGUGCCCGUCCUAUUGGUGGAAUCCGGAAGAGUUCUUGGGACCGGCCGCGCUUCUCCAAGCAUAUAGAUGGAUAUGUGACAGCCGAGACGAAUUCGCCGACCAGCGACUCCAGGCACUAACGGAGGACCAAAAGAGGUUGUACGGAUGCAGGACGAUAAAGAAUUGCACCAAGACCUGUCCGAAAAGCCUCGAUCCCGCCGGUGCUAUUCACAAGAUGAAGGCCCGGCAUUUGCUUUCGGUGCCGGUCGAGAAGGCCGAGAGCCGCUGAGCAAGUAAAGUGUUCUGGAGCCAUCGCAAUCCCAUCUUUAUCCGAUGUCAAUGGAUGGAUCGUUUGGUUGUUUCAAGCUCAUCCUGUAAAUUGUCUUGAAUGGUGUGAACUGUAGCUUUUGCUUUCAUUUUCUACGUUUGAGAAAUGAAUGCUUGCGUUCGGACAGAGAGAAGGAGACGUGAAGGAUUAAGAGAAGUCGCACAAUUCACU